AAAAAAACAGGGAACACGAAAAACAGAGAAGAAAAGAAACGGCUUUGUGCUGAAGAGGCAGAAACGACCCUUUUACUCCGGCUUUUUGUAGCUCUCUCAGACAACGCAGAGGCAGAAAACGCCGUAAGAGAAAGAGAAGAAGAAGAAUGGGUUGGAUCGGCGAGACAGUGGACUCCGUCAAAUCCCUGCAGAUCCGGCAGGUCCUCACCCAGGCCGUCAGUCUCGGUAUGAUUGUUACAUCUGCACUUAUAAUAUGGAAGGCAUUGAUGUGCGCUACCGGCAGUGAAUCUCCUGUUGUUGUUGUUUUGUCUGGAAGUAUGGAACCGGGCUUCAGGAGGGGGGACAUUUUGUUCUUGCACAUGAGUAAAGAACCCAUUCGUGCUGGAGAAAUUGUUGUCUUUAAUGUUGACGGCCGUGAGAUUCCAAUCGUCCAUCGCGUCAUUAAGGUUCAUGAAAGAGAAGAUACUGGAGAAGUUGAUGUCCUCACAAAAGGAGAUAACAAUUAUGGGGAUGACAGACUUCUGUAUGCUCAGGGUCAGUUGUGGCUCCAACGGCACCAUAUUAUGGGUAGAGCUGUGGGGUUCUUACCCUAUGUUGGCUGGGUGACAAUUAUCAUGACUGAAAAGCCAAUUAUUAAGUAUAUUCUCAUUGGCGCGUUGGGGUUGCUUGUUAUAACUUCAAAGGACUAACCCGAAGCAAAUUCUGGGCCUGAAGGAAUUGUUUGCCAUUGCCAGCGCCCAGCGGCUGUCAUCCUCGCUGUGAAGCUACUACAUUUUUCAUUGUAAACAACAUUAGUUUAUAUGAUAAAUUAUAGCAAAAAUAGUUGGUUAAUGUUUGAACUUUA